AGUCUUGGUCCGUAAGGCGUAUCAGUAGAGUUGUUUCUAGACUGUCUAGUACCCAUGAAUCACAAACAAUAGUUCUGCUGUCACUUUUAGUUGAAAUCAGCCUGAGUCCAGCAUCAAACAUGCGCUUUUGUUAUUAUUUAGCUAAUUAUUUUGGGCCUAUUUCUCUAACCUUUGCACAAGCGGAGGUGAAUUCUCAUAAUUCCUGGUGCAAGUAAAUGCUGACAGUCGUAAGAGGUGGACAAGUAAAAAGUGAUGCUUUUGAACAAGGAAAUAGUAUUUCUGAUAUGUUGUAGGUCAAGAAUUUUGCAUGUAAUUAAUACAAAAAAGCUUGACUAAACAUGUUUAAUGGUUACACUGACCUUGCACCUGGAGGAUGAAGCCCAAGAAGCGAAGCUGCUUCCUACAGACACUUGGCUGCGUUAAAGCACAUGGUGCAAGUGGGACUGAAAGCAAAGGGUCAAAUGCAAUUGAGCUUCUGUUCCCUUUAUAGUCAGUGGAGCUGCGUCCACCCUGUUUUUCACUUAAUAAAUAACCACAUUAUGAAUUGUAUUUACUCCUAGUCCCGCAGCGCUUGCAGGCCUAACUCUUGCAGGUUAGGCUCCCUAGAAACACCAAAAAAUGCACUUGUAGCCCAGAGCACAGAGUCUGGCUGUGCCACAGUGCAACUGAGAGCCGGAGCUCGAUAUGUUCAACCUGUGCGUUGAUUUAACUAAGUCCCCUCUGCCACCCACUUGUUCUCCUCUCCAUGAGGGCUCCGUUCUGCUCCCUGGAGCGGGGAUGAGAACUGACUGAGGAGAAGCACGAGGGUGGUUCCAGGUGAACGGGCCUCUUGUGGUUUUCCCAGAAGCAUCAUCUGCGUCACUCGCCCGAUUUCACGGCCAGUCGACCAGCACAUAAGUGAACCCAUCUGUGCGCUGGUUGCUAUAAAAAGGCAGGUGAGGGCUGUGUGGGGCGUGCGGGGCUGCCCCACCGACAAAAGGGGAUGGAAGUCCCCCAGCGCAUGGUGGGCUCCGUCCCAUUUUGCACCCUUCUUUGCUGCUUGAUUAGCAUAGCAGCAGCCAAUAUAUUUGAGUAUCAGACAGAUGCCCAGCCAUUACGUCCAUGUGAACUUCAGAGGGAAAAGGCUUUUUCGGGAGGAGAAACCUAUGUUCCUCAGUGCUCAGAAGAUGGCCAGUUCAGGACAGUUCAGUGCAGUAGGGAUGGCCUUUCCUGUUGGUGUGUGGAUGAGGAUGGCAUUGAGGUACCUGGCAGCAAACAGAAUGGAUAUCCCAUAUCUUGCUUAUCCUUUUGCCAGCUGCAAAAGCAGAGGAUCUUGGUGAGUCGAUACAUCAACAGCAGUAGCGUCUCCUACAUCCCUCAGUGCCUGGAUUCAGGCGCUUUUGAUGAGGUGCAGUGUGACAUGGAGAUGGGUCAGUGCUGGUGUGUGGAUCCAGAAGGAAUGGAGAUCUAUGGCACCAGGCAGAGAGGAAAGCCAAGGCAGUGUCCGGGGAGCUGUGAAAUCCGAGACCGUCGCAUUCUGCAUGGGUUUGGGGAGAAGAGCCCACCACAAUGCUCAGCAGAUGGAGAGUUUCUGCCUGUCCAGUGCAAGUUUGUCAACACCACAGACAUGAUGUUUUUUGAUCUUGUUCAUAGUUAUAACAGGCUCCCAGAGGCUUUCCAAACGUUCAGCUCCCUGCGGAAGACAUUCCCGGAGGUCUCUGGUUACUGCUACUGUGCAGACAGCCUGGGCAGGGAGUUAGCAGACACCGGACUGGAAUUGCUACUUGAUGAAGUUUACGACACAGUUUUCUCUGCCCUGGAGCCCGCCCGCACAUUCAUGGAGACCAGUAUAUAUCGGAUCCUACACAGACGGUUUUUGGGGGUUCAGCUGGCUACAACUGGCAAGUUCAGAUGCCCCUCGAAGUGUGAGGUUGAGCGGUACACAGCCCUGCGUUACCAGCACGCCUACGUGCCAGCUUGCGAUGCCGAUGGGGGCUACACACCAGUGCAGUGUCACCAGGGAGGACAGUGCUGGUGUGUGGACACCAAAGGGCAAGAGGUCCAGGGCACAAAGAGACGAGGACAGCUCCCAGCCUGUGGUGAAGAGCAAGGGUGCAUCUCUGAGAGACGACGGGCGUUGUCGAGGAUCUUUCAUGGCCCUGCUGGCUACUUCAGUCAGCACAAUUUGUUUUCCACGCCAGACAUGCAAUCAGAAAAAAUAUCUGGCUUCUCAAGACCCUGCCCACCCUACUUCAAGGAGCUGUUUCUGGACUCUGGAUUGUCAUCCCCAGUUGUACAAAGCCCAUAUGUCAGCCAGAUUCCUGGGCUAGAAAUCACUCUUAGUGAAGCCAUCACGGGGAUGUUCCCAUCAAGGGAACUGGCUGAAGUGGUACUGCAAUUUACGGCCAAUCCAAAGCGUUUCCAAGAAAACCUCUUUGGAGGAAGGUUCCUGAAGAAUUUGAUCCAGUUUAACUUCACCGGGGCACUUGGCACCAGUGGGAAGUACAGCAUUGGCCAGUUUUUCUUGCAGGAGGAUGUGGUAGAUGGGGAUAACAUCCAAAGCCUUCUGGAAUUAGCUGAGGUAUCAAAGGAAAGCUCAAUUUUGAGUAAACCUCUUGUAGGCAACUUUGGCCGCACAGUAACUCUACAGGACAAUCAGAAUAAGAUGAAAUUCCUUUCCUCUGUUCUGGAACUACCAGCGUUCUUUACGUUUCUUCAACAAGUGAUUUCUGUCCCCAGAAGCAUUGCUGAAGAUUUAGGUGAAGUGGUCAAAAUAGCGCUGGGAUCCAAAGACUGUGGUGAGGAGCCAAGGGACCUGUUUGUUCCAACCUGCACCAAGGAGGGGAGGUACGAGGAAGUUCAGUGCUAUGCAGGAGAGUGCUGGUGUUUGGACACUUCAGGCAAGGAAGUUCCAGGCUCAAGAGUUCCAGGCAAACGUCCAAGGUGUCCCACUGAUUGUGAGAAACAAAGGAGAAACCUGCAAAACUUGAAGCAAACCCUGCCUGCGGGAUCAGAUCUUUUUAUUCCCUCUUGCACUGAGGAUGGAGACUUUCUGCCACUCCAGUGUUACGGAACAAAUUGCUUCUGUGUUGAUUUGAAUGGCAAGACUAUUCCAGGAAUAAGUGGAAAAGCUGGAAAGCCAAUGCAAUGCCCAAGUGCUUGCCAAGUGAGAGCCGGACAGGAGUUCUUAAAAGCUGUGAAAGUCAUGCUGUCGGAUCCAGGUGCUCAGUCCCAGCUCUCCAGCGUUUACGUCCCGCAGUGCGAUGCUGCAGGCGGCUGGAGGCAGGUGCAGUGCAGCGGCCCUCCUGAGCAAGCCUUUGAGUGGUACGGAAGGUGGACUGCAGAGAACAAUGAAGGUGAAGCCCUGCCCGUUGCUGAUCUAUUGAACAUCAUAACUGGGUAUAAAGAGGCAUCUUCCAAAGGCUUUUCAGCUUUUAUUAAAGCUUUGUACGAGGCUGGGCACCAGAAUGUCUUCCCAGUGUUCACCACGUAUUCCUCCUUCACUGAUCUCCCACCUGAAGUGCUGGAAGGAAACGUGACCUAUGCAUCUGAGAACAUUUUACUGGAUCCAUAUACAUUCUGGCAGCUUCUGAAUGAGCAGCUGACCUAUUACCCAGGACCGUACACUGAUUUCAGUGCUCCAUUAAACCACUUUGAACUUCGUGAUUGUUGGUGUGUUGACAACAAAGGAGAAGAGCUGCAAGGAACAAAGACAGAAGUGAAUCAGGUCCCAGCAUGUCCUGGUAUAUGUGAAGGUGUUAAGCAGAAAGCCAUGAAAUUUAUGGAGGAGGCAGAGCAGCUCAUUUUGGCAUCAAAUAGUUCCCACUUCCCUUUUGGAGAAAGCUACUUGAUGGCAAAGGGAAUACAGCUCACAGACAAUGACCUCCUACGUUCUGCUCGGCCCUACGAGUCGGAGCUGGUGGUCUCUGAGGAGCUGUUAAUGGGCAGUGACUACGCUCUCCAGCUGGCUGCAUGGUCAGUCUUGCAUUUCUACUGGCGGAGUCACUUUACUUCAAAACGUUCUGCUGGGGAAGCAACGCAGCUGGGAUUUCUCCCUUACAUCCCACAGUGUGAUGGCUUGGGAAAUUGGGAGCCAGCACAGUGCUACGAGAGCACAGGUCAUUGCUGGUGCGUGGAUGAGAGAGGACGUUAUGUCAUGGAUUCCUUGGUCUCACGCUCAGCAGAACUUCCCAAAUGCCAGACAUCAUGCCAGCGAUCUCGAACCAAUGCCUUAAUUUCCAGCUGGAGACAGAGCGGCUCAAAGCUGGAUGCCUCUACAACUGAUCUCUUCAUUCCCUACUGCCUUGAGACAGGAGAAUACGCUGUGCUGCAGAGAUCCAACACAGAUACUUGGUGCAUAAAUCCUGUGUCAGGAGAAGUGUUCCAGCGUGGCAGCAAAGAUUCGGAUGGCAAUCCUGAGUGUCCUAGUUUCUGUAAUAUGCUGAAGUCUAAAACCAGUUUACGGGAAGCUGGCAAAGGCUACAUCCCACAAUGUGAAGGGGACGACGGGUCGUUCUCACCUGUCCAGUGCAGCCAGGAUCAAGAGAGCUGCUGGUGUGUCUUUGACAAUGGAGAAGAGGUGCCGGGGACACGAAUAAGUGGGGGAAGACCUGCAUGUGCAAGUCCGCAGUGUGCUCUGCCAUUCGGUGCCUCAUCUGUUCCCAACGGAGCUGUAUUUUGUGAAAACGUUUCUGGGCAAGCCUCAAGUGUUCAGCAGUGCUGGCUGGUGUGUCGCCAGGGCUUCUACAGCUCCUCUUCCAGCACGUCGUUUCAGUGUGAUGUGCAGCGACGUCGAUGGGUCUCAGCCGCCCCACUUUAUCAGGCCUGCCAGAAGCUCCAAUUAUUUCAGACAGUCCAAGCUCAAACACACUUUCAACUGCUGCUACCGCCUGAGAGGACAUGUAGUUCUGACUACUCUGGAUUACUUCAGGCAUUCCAGAUACUUAUUUCAGAUGAGCUGAAGGCUCGUGGUUUAUGUCACCUCCAGGUAAAUGCGUUUGGAGAUACCGGCUCAGUUUCUGUCUGUGAUGAUUCCACUGUCUAUGUUGAAUGCCUGAGUGUGGAUCGCCUGGGGGUGAACGUCACGUGGAGGACUCAGCUGGAAAACAUCCCGGCAGCUUCGCACCCUGACUUACAUGAUAUUGAAAAUGCAAUUGUUGGAGAAAACCUCAUUGGAGCAUUUAUGAAUGAGAUUAAAGGUGGUUAUUUUCUGCUCCAUUUGGACUCCAAGCAAUUCCUAGCAGAUUCUGUCGUUGAUUUUCCACGGGAUGAAGAGUUUGAUCUGUCUCCGACUGUGAAGCUAGGAUGUAGCAAUGGGUUUCGAAGAACUUCAUCUCCUGGGAAAGUAGCUCCAAAUUCACAAGGAUGUGUUGUUUGUCCUCCAGGCAGUCAUUUCCAGAAUGAUGAAUGUGUUCCCUGCCCUAUUGGCUACUAUCAGUAUCAGACAGGACGUUCCUCCUGUAUCAAGUGUCCUGUGGGCAAAACUACCAACUCCUAUGGAGCAUUCAGUGCUGAACACUGUAUCACGUACUGUCAAAGCAAUGAGCAGGGUUUGCAGUGUGAUGAAGAUGGCCAGUAUAGACCUUCUCAACAAGACCCUGACACUAAGAAGUCCUUCUGCGUUGAUAGCUCUGGAGCAGCACUGGACUGGAAAGAAACAGAUGAUCUCCUUACAGACUACCAGUGCCUAGUGCUCAGAAAAUUUGAGAGAGUUCCUUCCUCCAGACUGAUUUAUGGGUCAGAAGAAGCUCAAAUUCUUCAGUCUCAGACAUUUCAGGGCGACCUGCAAAGUCCAGCUUUUCAGUGCAUAUCAGGCUGUGAGAGGGAAGACACGUGUGGUUUUGUCACUUUAACUCCUUCUGCUGCUGAAAUUCUCUGUGAAUUAUACAGUGCUGCUGAAGUCAACUUCAAUUGCACCACCUCUGGAUUGGUGCAAGGUGUUUUGGGGAACCCCACUGCCACCAGCAUCGGUCGCCUCAGCUGCCUGCUGCAUGUCAGGAACCCAGAGGGAGAUGCAGUGAUGGUCUAUUUGAAGAGAGGACAAGAAUUUAACUCGUCUGGACUCAAGACCUUUGAAAGGACUAGUUUUCAGAAUGUGCUUUCUGGCGUGUAUCACUCCGUGGUGCUCUCAGCAUCUAGCGCAUCUCUGACUGAUGCUCAGCUCUUCUGUCGGCAGACUUGCAGCAGGGACUCUUGCUGCGACGGCUUCAUCUUGAGUCAGAUUGCACUUGAGGGAGGUCUCAUUUUGUGUGGUCUGAUAAGCUAUCCGGAUGUGCUAAUCUGCAAUGCCAAUGACUGGAGUCCAAAAGUAACGUCUGUCUUUGAUGGAAUAUGUGGAGAUGUGAGCUACGAUGAAAAAGAGAUGAUGUUUUUCUUCACUCUGGGAGGACAAGUGUUCAGUGGAACUUCUAAAUUGGUACAAGAGGCAGAAAGAAAUUUUACUACCUUUCAGCAAGUUUACCUGUGGAGAGGUUCUGAUAUGGUCACCCGGACUAGAACCUCAGAGUGUGAUGCUGCAGCUUUGAAAACAGAAAAUGAUCUAACGUUGUCAGAUUCCACAAAGGAUCUUUUCUACCUGAUGGACAACAGCCAGAUACAAAGUGACCAGAACUAUUCUCUACCUUACCAGCAAUACUGGGUCUUCAGGCAGAAGUACUCGGCAGAGGAAGCUGUGCUUUGGUGUCUCACACGUUGUACACAGGAAGAUGAGUUUUGUCGAAUGGCAGAUAUUCAAAGCACCGCAGACCUGUACUUUGUGUGUACCCUCUAUCCUGAGGCACAGAUUUGUGAUGGCAGCAUUGAUCAAAUACCGGAAAACUGUCGAACUGUGCUAACCUGGCAGCCACAGACAUUGUAUCGUAAAAUAGUCACUCUAAAAAGUUCUGUGAAGAGCUUCUACACACGUGUACCAUUCCAGAAAGUAACAGCAAUCUCAGUGAGGAAUAAGACUGACAUGAGCAGAAAAACUGUUUCAGAUGGCUUCUUUGAGUGUGAGCGUUGGUGUGAUGCUGACCCCUGUUGCACAGGAUUCAGCUUUUUUAAUGACUCCCAGAUACCAGGUGGAAAGAUUGUGUGCCUGACUCUGAACAGCCUCGGAAUCCAGACGUGUGCUGAGGAAACAAGAAGUGCUUGGCAAGUUUCAAAUUGUAGUUCACCAGAUGCUGAAGUCAGAAUACACCCAUUUGGCUGGUAUCAAAAGCCUGCUGACUUGAGGAACACCAUGCCUAACCUGUGUCCAACUGUUAGUUUACCUCUUGGGCCAGAAAGUGACUAUUUGGAUAAAUGGCAGCCCUUAAAUGUGUCCUCUGUUCUCCUGGAUUCAUCCAUCUCAAACUUUGAAGUUGUGCAAGUUAGUAGAGAUAUAUCCAAUGAUUUUUCCACUGCCAGAGAAAUUUGUCUAUCCGCUUGUUCAAAGAACCAGUCGUGUACAGUGGUUACCCUGGAAAUCCAGCCUUCAGCAAUAAGAUGUCUUUUCUACCCUGAUACGCAGAUGUGCACACAUGGCCUGCAAAGGCACAGCUGCUGGGUUUUACUCAAAGAGCCAGCUACUUAUGUCUAUAGGAGACAAGAUUUAUUCCUGCCCAUUUCUGAAUCAGAUUUAACCCCAUCUGUGUACAUCCCAUCCCAUGGAGAUCUGAUGGGCAAAUCCCAGGUGAUCCGUGUUGGCUCAGAGUGGAGAAAUAUCAGCCAGUUCCUGGGGAUCCCAUACGCUGCACCUCCCCUUGCCGAGAGGCGCUUCAGUCCUCCAGAGCCGUUUGCUUGGGUGGAAACCUGGAAUGCUACUGCAGCUCGGGCAGCUUGUUGGCAGCCAGGAGAUGGAGAGGCCCCACCAUAUUCUGUCAGUGAAGACUGCCUAUAUCUGAACAUCUUUGUCCCUGCCACCACUGUCAAAAACAUGUCAGUGCUGCUGUUCUUCCACAACGGAGGGAGUUACAGUGCUGAGGUGGGAAAGACAACCAUAGAUGGAUCAUACCUAGCUGCCAUCAGUAACAUCAUUGUGGUGACUGCAAACUACAGGGUCGGUGUUUUUGGCUUCCUUAGUACUGGUUCUUCUGAGAUGAGUGGAAACGCCGGCCUUUUGGAUCAGUUGGCAGCUCUGACGUGGGUGCAGCAGAACAUCGUCAGCUUUGGGGGAGAUCCAAGCCGGGUUUCUUUGGGAGCCGACCGCGGUGGGGCAGAUGUUACCAGCAUCCACCUGCUCACGGAGGCAGCAGAUAUGGGCCUCUUCAGGAGCGCGUUGUUGAUGGGAGGCUCAGCUUUUUCUCCAGCAUCCAUUAUUAGUAAGAGGAGAGCACAGAUCCAAGCAGCAGUCCUGGCUGAUGAUGUGGGAUGCCCUUCAUCCACCAGUGAGGAAAUUGUAGCCUGCCUCCGCCAGUUGCCUGCUCGUGUCCUCAAUGAUGCACAGACUAAGCUCCUAGCUAUAAGCGGCCCAUUCCAGUACUGGGGACCAGUGAUGGAUGGAGUUUACGUUCAGGAACCUUUAGCUAAAGCCCUGCAGCGCCCUCGACUUCGGAAAGUAGAUCUGCUCAUUGGAAGCGCUCAGCAAGAUGGGUUGAUCAGCAGAGCUAAGGCAAUUAAGAAAUUUGAAGAAAGUCAAGGAAGAUCCAAUAGCAAAACAGCCUUUUAUCAGGCUCUUCAAAAUUCUUUGGGAGGAGAAGACUCCAACUCAUUCAUUGAAGAUGCAGCUACAUGGUAUUACUCCCUUGAACACUCAACUGAUGAUUAUUCAUCAUUUUCCAGGGCUUUGGAAAAUGCCACCCGUGAUCAAUUUAUCACAUGUCCCAUCAUAAACAUGGCCAGUUACUGGGCUGCUGCCUCCAGAGGAAAUGUCUUCAUGUACCAUGUACCUGAGAGCUCCUCACAGAGCAGUUUGGGUCAGGAACUCUUGCUGGAUAUUCAGUAUGCAUUUGGACUGCCAUUCUAUCCGAAGUAUGAAGAACAAUUUACUCUGGAAGAAAAGAUCCUUUCCUUGCAAAUUAUGCAGUAUAUCUCCAAUUUUGUAAACUCUGGAAAUCCAAAUUACCCUCACAGUUUCUCGAGAAGAAUGUCAGGGGUGAUGCCCCCCUGGCCUAUGUAUCUGCCAAAUGAUGAAGGUGAUAACUACAAGGAGUUCACUGUUUCCUUGCCGACUCUUAAAGGAUUGAAAAAAGCAGACUGUUCCUUUUGGUCUGAUUAUAUCAGAAGGCUGAAAGCAUCUACAGGAAGUGCAAGUAAUGGAGAGACGUUUGCUGAAAACAGCCCUAGUGAAGCUCCUAGUGAAGGAUUUACCUCCCAGGAGAGCCAACCACUGGGAGACAAGGUGGCUUACAGCAGAUAGAAAGUCACAGUGACAUUGGAUGGGUUUGUCAAACAGCUGUGUCAGACCAGACAAUGAAGUUUCUUCCUUUAGUUAACUUUCUGAAUAUAUAAAGUAGACCUUUCAAAAAAGUAGUUUUUCAAUAAAAUUGUUGAAUAUGGCACAAAAUAGACCCUACAGCUAGUAUUUUAGGUCAAAACCGUUGUAAUUUAAAAAAAAAAAAAAUCAAUAAAAACUGGAAAAAAAGCAAACAAAAGCACUUGAACUUUAUUUCAUGUAAGCACACAAAUGCUAACACAUUUUAGUACCAGCACCCAGAUAAACUCAUUGAAACUCGGAGGAGUCCCUCAGCCUAUGAGGCUUAAAUUUGCCACAUGUCAUAUCUGACUUGUUCUUCUUUGUUACUCAUCCUGUCACAAGCUGCUAAUAGGUGUGGGAGCCUGGUUUGGCAUUCUGGAGAAAAUUACAAAGCUUCAAAAUGGAGAAGAGUUGGAUCUAGGAAGAUGUAAGAAGGGAAUCAAGGGUGUGCAUCAAGUGUGUUCACAUCAGGCGAAUGCACAUGCUCUAUUCAGCCCAUGAUCACCUGUGAAAAUAUGUCAGACCAUUUGGGUAUAAUGCAACAAUAAUACUAAGCAUAUUUUAAUUAAAGCUUAGAAUAUGCUGUCCUUGGAACAUUUAUCUUUUGUAAAGAGAAGGUGAGAUACAGAGUAGUUUCGGAAGCAUAAAAAAAAGUGCAUCAGAGUAUCUUUAAUGGCUCUGAAGGUAAUUUGUGUUAGGUCUUCAUUCAUUGCUGGGAUCAUUUGGCAACAGAUAAUCCUCAAUUGACAGCAUAUUGCACACACGUUCAUGAUACUUGAAAGCAAAAAGUAAAAUCAGUGCUGCCCUGAACAUAACCACAACAUUUCCAUUUAUUUCAGUAGGACCACAAUUUCUUGUUCAGUGUUGAAAAGAUUUAAUAAAACAACUUGUAAGGUUUUGUUUGCUGCUUGGGACCUUUUCCAGUGCAUGAGAAGUUACUGCUGUCUGCCCUGUAUCCAGGUUUCCAAAGAUUUUAACUAGCUCGAAAAAAACUGUGUAAUACUCAUAGUUCUUAUACUUACAUCCUGUUUAAUAUACAAGAAAAAGAACAGAAGAAUCAAGAAGCUCGUUAACUGAUUAAAUAUUAAAAAGUGAAGAUUAAGAAAUCAAACUGUGUUUUCCGUCAUUAUCUUUAUCUCUGCUAGAUAACUGGUCAUGAAAAAAAGAAUAGAUUUAAGAACUUUUUUAAAAGCCCCAUUCUUAAUCACAGUAUCACAGUAUGUUUGGGAUUGGAAGGGACCUCAAAAGAUCAUCCAGUCCAAUCCCCCUGCUGGAGCAGGAACACCUAGGUGAGGUCGCAC